CCAUUGCGGCAUAGAUGGGGGAGUAGUCCUGCGCGGUUGGGCCGGCCUGCCUCAGUCACUUUAUCUUUGCGGCUCACAACGCCCUUCUGCGGUUUUAACUUGUAUAGAAUCGUCUUCUAGCACCCCAGCAGGACACUUUUUGGACGGGUGCUGGUUCCGGCUGAAACAUCGGGCUACCCCCUCACCUCUGCCGUGUUGGUAUCUUCUAACGUCCACAGGUCCAGCUGAUUGCUUUGACUACCUUUCAAUUAUUCCUGUUCCAACUCCCAACGUUUUGUUGGAGUGGAACGACAACCCUUGUGGCCCAAAGCGGCUCACGAUCCUUCCACUUUCUUCGCGAAUCUCCUGAGGAUUGUUAGACACGACGACGGCAUUUUUGUUCGAGUCCUCCUCGCCUUUUUUGGAUCGUUGCUCUGCCGAGCGAGCAGGCCGCGGACUCAUCCCCAGCCUCGCGUAGUUCCUUGUGGCCGCCAUGGGCGACACCAGCGAGCGAAGCAAGCCGCCCAGCCUCCCUCCCCGGUGUCCCUGCGGCUUUUGGGGGUCCAGUAAAACCAUGAACCUCUGCUCCAAAUGUUUUGCUGACAUCCAGAAGAAGCAGCCUGGUGAAGACUGCACCUCCAAGGCCAUGCAAAGCAGCGGCAGCAGCCAGACGCCCGCCUUCAGUAGUGAGACCGCCAGCAGCACUCAGUCCAUAUCUUCAGCGGCAGCAUCGUCAUCAUCAUCGUCGCCACCCAGCUCUGCAGAGCAGCCAGCAGCUGAAGAACCGUCGCCACUCUUUGCCACUUCCAGGGAGGGUGUGUCGUCUACAGAAACUGCACAGGGUACACUGUGUACCCCCAUGAAGCGUCCUCGAGACUCAGCUUCUGCCUCAGAGAGUGAGGCCACGCCGGAGAAGCGAUUGCGAGCGGAGGCAAAAGAUGGCGACGGCGAGGAGACAGGCGGGACGCCCAAGCAGAAGAAACGCCGGCGUUGCUACCGCUGCCAAACCAAACUGGAGCUGGUCCAGCAGGAACUGGGCUCCUGUCGCUGUGGAUAUGUCUUCUGCAUGCUGCACCGCCUCCCUGAGCAACACGACUGCCUCUUUGACCACCUGGGCCGCGGCCGCGAGGAGGCCGUCCUCAAGAUGGUCAAACUGGACCGCAAGGUGGGGCGCUCGUGCCAACGCAUCGGGGAGGAGUGCUCCUGAUUGGCCACACCCCAGCUCACCAUUAAAACCAAGAUGAGGCGCUUACCAAGACUGGGGG